AUGAUUGGCCUUGACUCCAUCUCCACAUCCAGAUCUGACAACUCGACAGCCAGUCACGGCAGCGUCGGGUCAGAGCUUCACACUGGAUUGGACACUGCCGCGCUUCUUAAGGCACUGCACGAUGCGCAUAGCCAGCUCAAUGCUGUGAAGGCUGAGAACCAACAGCUAAAACAAGAACUUGCCGCUUCCCGUUGUCAAAACAAUGGCUCCAAAGCUCUGUCACAAGAACUUGCUGCACACGACGAAGAAAUCGGUAAACUAGGGAAAGUUUUUGCUCAUUUUUACUCGUUCUGGAUUCAGCAGAGCACACCUUCCCCAUUCGAUAUUUCUCGCCCUGACUUCACAUGGGAUAGCGAGGACUGGUACCUCGAUUCAACAACAAGAUUAGCCGGCCAAACUGCAGAGCUCUACAUGUGCAUUCCUCCUCAAUACCAUGACUACAUGUUCCGAGCGAGCAUCUCAUCAGGCCGCUCGAACACACUUCUGUGCACGCAUGGGAGCACAGGGGCAAUUUUUGGCCUUGACCAAAGCCUCUUCAACUACAAUCCCAAGUGUGACAAGAAGCGCAUGGAAGCUAAUCCUGAACUUGCAACACUUCUUGGCUUCAACCCCCGCAGGAAAACACCUACAGCACGCUACCCCUCAAAUGCACCAGUUCUCUAUACUAAUGGCAAUAUUAAUGACGAAGAGGGCAUGUUCAGAAGUGAUUACUUGAUCUCCAUAAGUAUUUCUCAAAUGGCACAUCUCAUCGCCUAUGGCCCACGAUCGUACACAUCGGAGAGAGCUGCAUUCAACAAAAACAGUCCCUUUCACGGCCGUGUAGAUGGUGUUACCUUUGGAUUUAUUAGCAACACCGCAGUUGUCAUUCGUUUUCUUCUCAGAGGUGAUCCUGAGCUGAACAAGCAUGGUGUCGGAAAACUUACAGGAAUCAACUACGCGAGCGAGGCAGAAGCUUACAAAAAGCUUUUAAUCGAAAAUCAGGAUGCGCCAACUGUUCAAAAGCUCCUGAAAUACUGGAACAUGCAAGUUUUUCCACAAUUCCUCCUCGCUCCCGACUCACAGGACGAAGAAGAAGAAGCACCACAUGUCCGGGUUGACGCUGAUGAAAACCCAGGUCUCGAUUCCAUGUUCCAUGGACUGCGUAUGGGAGCCGACACUUCGUCAGCUCCCACUUCGAAAAAUUCUAGCUCACUCCCACUCCCCCAGACCCUUCCAACCGAUGUAGAGUGUGUGAACGCCCACUCAGAUGUGGAACAGGCGCCGGAUUUGCAUCCAAACAUGGAAGCGCACACCCCUGCUCCUGUCGCACCCAUCUCCCAAUCAAUCAAUCCACCCCGUGGAUGUCGUCGAGUCCCCACGCCAGUUCCCUCAACCUCCGAGGCUGUUGCUGAUGUGCCUGCGCCACCCGCUAAAGCUCCCUGUGGUUGA